GUCAACCAUUUUGACUAGAUUCUUCUAGAUAAGGGGAAUUCUCUGUAGUUCUUCUUCUCAUCGAUCAUCUCCCUCUCUUCGUCUAUCUUUUUUCUCUAUUUUCCUUCCUUCUCUGAUAUCUCCUUUCUUUUCCCCUUCCCUCUCAAUUUUGAUCCACUAAAAGUAUUUAAAUACUGUAUUUAAUUGCUUAAUUCCACGUGCCAUGGAGCAGCUGCGAGCGCCGGAGCCGGCGAAUCUCCCCGGCGGCUACUAUGGCCCUCCCGUCCUGCCCACCUCCACUCCACCCCGCCGCCGCCGCCCGUGUUCCUGCUGCCUCCUCUCCACCGCCAUCAGGAUCUUCGUCGCCGUCUGCGCCGCCACCGUCGUCACCCUCAUCAUCCUCUGGCUCGUCUUCCGCCCUCACCGCGUCCGCGUCGCCGCCAGCGCCGCCCUCACCCGCUCCAACCUCACAACCUCCCCCUACGACCUCGCCGCCGUCUUCUCGAUCCGCAACCCCAACCGCAGGAUCGGCGUGCACUACGACUGGCUGGAGGCCCGGGCGUACCUCGGAGACCAGCUCCGGCGGGCGGCGCUGCCUACGUUCUACCAAGGCCACAAGAACACCACCGUUUUAGGCCCCGUCUUCUUCGCUGGAGUCUCGGCCGUCGGCGACAACAGGGACAGGUGGCUCGACGUCGAACUGUGGCUGCGGGGCCGCGUCCGGUACAAAUUCGGCUCGCUGGCAACCACCAGACGGUACAACCUGCGCGCCAAGUGCAACCUGAAUCUACCAUUGAUCACCAGAAACAGCACCAACACAGCCUCUCAGAGCACCGGCUGCCAUGUCUAUAGAAACUGAUCACAAUCAUCAUCAAAUAGUUCAAUUCCAGUAAUUAAUUGACCUUUUUUCCUUCUCAACAUGUUCAUAAGAAUGCUAAUCAACUUGAUUACAACAA